CUACGCAUGUGCCUGCUCCAUUUUUUGCGCAUUAAAUGAUUUUCCUACUAAUGGCAUUGCGAAAUGCUAACUGACUUUAAAAUCUAACACAACCGGACAUGGUUAAAAUUCGUUAAGUUUAUUUUUUUAUUAUUAUUAUUAUUUUCUUUUUGCUUGGACGGUGCGCCAAUCAAUCUCAAACCGAUUUUUGAGUGCAGUGAACAUUGUGUAACCAGCUGCAACAACCCCAGUCUAAGAUUUCAGCGAACUUCAUUAUUUUAAAACAAAGCAAACAGAAAACUUACCCGAACAUUUUAGCGAGAUGACAAUCAAGUGAUAAUAAAACAGCACUUAAAAUAUCUUUUGGGAGAGUUAUUGAUUCGAAGAAGACGUUUAUCUAAUUUCGUCACAAUUUUUCUUCAUCUCCAAGGAAAGAGUCUUGUUAAGUUCAUUAUAAGGAGUAUGUUAGCGAGAAAAUCGGUAAUUCUUGCAGUUGGGAUAGUUAUUGUCAGGCUUGUUUUUGGCCUUACCUUUCUGUUCGUCAAUGAAUCUGCGGGAGAAGAAUUUACAUCAAGCAGCGGCCAAGUGUCAAAUGAAAGAGCUGCCAGUGGCAACUGGUCUGACGAGUUCUGUUUGCCCGAUGACGUUGAUACUCUCAGUCAGACAUUAUCACCGGUAAUCUACACGGUGAUUGGAGGAACCGGUAUGCUAGGAGUCAUUUUGUUGACCUACGCAUGCUACAGGUGCCACAAUCGAAGCUUACGUGUGCAGCACGCCCGCUACCUGGCUACUUUACCUUCACCGCCCCAGUUCCCUGUUGGCGCAGCUUACAUCUACAGAGAUGAUCUCAGGAUGAUUUUGGUGAAUCAAAACUAAAUCGUGUCUAGAGUAGUAAUCUUCACAAAGGACCAGAAAAAUUUUAGUAGCCAUUUGAUAUCUUACAAGAGAAUAUCGAGAUUUCUCAUCAAAGUUGGGAACGUUAGAUUGAAAAUAUAAUGAGCUGCAAUCUGAAAAAAUUCCAGAAGAGAAUCCCAAAAAACUUUAAGCUUCCACAAAAUUUGAAUCCAUGCCUCCCAGAGACGAUUGAUGAUAACGCCAAACAAGUACCUAAAGGGCAUGGGUUCCAAUCCUAUCAUAGCCUGAUCUUUUCGUCUCAGCUUUUUCUGCAAUUGUCUCAACUGCGAUUCAUCCUUUAGGAUUAUUUCGUUUCUUAUAAAUAUCCAUAAGUCAAAAUGUGAGUAUCAUUUAUUUGUAGAAAUAACUAGACUAGUGACAAUCAACAAAUUAGUAACCAUUAAUGAUCAUUGAUAUGUAAACAGCCUGCCUAUCAAAUGCUAAUAAUAACCAUAAGCUGAGGUCUCCUGCACGUGGUGACGUAAGAUCAAUAAAAGGAAAUAUAUAACAAAACUGCGCGCACAAUCUGAUAUGUGUUGAAAUACUUGUCAUCUGUGAAAAAAUUCCCUGUAUCAAAUAUAGUCACCC